GGUUAUCACAAGAAUCAAUUAUGGGCAAAGUGUCAGCAUCAGUGGACUUGCCGGUGCUGUAUCUUUGGCUGGAAGCACAGAAGGCUUAUGGUCAGUUGAAGGAGGGAAUCAGCAAAUGGCUGCUCAAUUGAUCAAUCAUUCAGAUGUCAAAUUGCACCUUAAUGAAGAAGUAAAGUCAGUUUCUUUCCUGGGGGGAAAUUAUCAACUCAAUACCAUGAAAGGAAAGAUUUACCCAUGUGGAAUAACAGUGGUUGCCACACCUUUAGAUGAGCUGAAAAUUCACUUUCUUCCAGAAAUUUCAAUACCUGAGAGGAAAUUACAGCACACAUAUACAACUUUUGUUAGAGGUCUAUUAAAUCCUGCUUAUUUGGCUUUAGGUUCCAUAUCAGAUAUUCCACAACUGGUGGGCACUGUCGAGACACCUGAUGUUCCUUUUUCAAGCAUCUCAGUUAUUAAGCAGCAUAAGGACAAUGAUAUGACAUACAAGGUGUUUUCUCGAAGAUCUCUUGAUGAUGCUUUAUUAGAUCAGAUCUUCAGUGUCAGAAAUGAGACAGUCCGGAUAGACUGGGCUGCAUACCCGCACUAUCAUGCUCCUGAGGUAUUUGCACCCUUUAUCUUGGAUGGUCAGCACUUGUACUAUGUGAAUGCUUUUGAAAAUGCAGCUAGCACCAUGGAAACUAGUGCUGUUGCUGGUGAAAAUAUCGCAAGGCUGAUUCUUUCCAGACUUACUGGCCAAAAACACUUGAGUUCAGUGAAAUUGGAAAGCUUUGGUGAUGAUGCAUAUGAUGUGCAUGCAGACUUGUGAGUCGAAAUCACUUGCCUUUCUCCAUACAUGUAGAAUAUGCCAGAGUUUUCAGGUGUUGAGUGCCUAAAUUUUUUACUUGCUAUACAGCUGUGGUGUAUCCACGUCCUAAUAAGUUCAGCUGUGAAGUAUAUGGUUCUUUAUUCUCCCUUUCUUUAUCCCGAUGUGGAUAAAAUGAUAUACAGACCACGUUUGUCAUAUAUUACAUACAUCACACUAGAUAGAUAUCAUAUUCAUGGAAUAAGAUUCACUUUCAAGA